GGCCCCUGAGGCGGCGGCGGCGGCGGGGCCGGGCGGGACCCCCCGGGCCAGCACGAUGAUCCCGGCAGCCGGCAGCUCUCCCCCGGAGCAGGAGCCCCUGCUGGAGGAUGCCGUGGGGAGCAGGUACAGCCGGCAGAAGCCGAGGGACCGCUGGCACGGGGCCUACCUUAUAUUCUUCCUCCUGGGCAUCGGGUCCCUCCUGCCCUGGAAUUUCUUCAUCACGGCCAAACACUACUGGAGGUACAAGCUGCAGAACUGCUCGGAUGAGCCAGGCCCGGUGGGGCAGGAGGCCUCGGACCUGCGGGACUAUUUUGAGAGUUAUAUCUCCAUUGCUUCCACCAUACCCUCAGUACUCUGCCUGAUUGGAAACUUCUUGCUUGUCAAUAAGGUUGCUGCCAGUGUGCGCAUCCUGUCGUCCCUCUUUGUCAUGCUGGCUGUGUUCCUGGUGAUCACGGUGCUGGUGAAGGUGGACACCUCCACCUGGACCACGCCCUUCUUUGCCCUCACGGUCGGCUGCGUGGCCGUGGUCAGCAGUGCCUCCACCGUCUUCUCCAGCAGCAUCUUUGGCCUCAGCAGCUGCUUCCCCAUGAGGAACCUGCAGGCUCUACUCUCAGGGCAGGCCAUGGGUGGCACCGUGAGCGCCGUGGCCUCUGUGAUAGACCUGGCAGCGGCAGCUGAUGUCACCGACAGCGCCCUGGCCUAUUUCCUCACCGCUGACAUCUUCAUCGUCGUCUGCAUCAUGGUGUACCUGCUCCUGCCCAGGCUGGAGUACUCCAGGUAUUACCUGAGCAGCCAGAAGGAGAGCCCCUCUCUGGUCACCGUGCCCCCUGACAGCUCCGUGGAGGACGAGGCAGAGCCAGGAGGCACCGUGAGCUCCUCCUUCCUCACAAGAAGUGCUGGCAUCCCCCCACUCCGCCCCAUCCUGCAGAAGACCGCCCUCCUCGGCUUCUGCCUCUUUUACGUCUUCUUCAUCUCCAUCACCAUCUUCCCUUCCCUCUCCUCCAACAUCGAGUCUGUCAGCAAAUCCUCGGGAAGCCCGUGGAGCACCAAGUACUUCACACCACUCACGUGUUUCCUCCUGUACAACUUUGCUGACUGGUGUGGGAGGCAGGUCACUGCCUGGAUCCAGGUGCCUGGCCCCAAGAGCAAACUGCUGCCUGCCCUCGUCCUCCUCAGAACCAUCUUCCUCCCUCUCUUCAUCCUCAGCAACUACCAGCCCCGGGCUCACAUCCGGACCGUGGUGUUCAACAGGGACAUCUACCCCGUGGUCUUCACGGUGCUGCUGGGGCUCAGCAACGGCUACCUGGGCACGCUGGUCAUGGUCUACGGCCCCAAAAUCGUGCCCAAAGAGCUGGCUGAGGCAGCAGGGGUGGUGAUGUCCUUUUACCUCAUGCUGGGGCUGGCUCUGGGGUCUGCCUGCGCUGUUUUCGUGGUACACCUCGUGUAGAGGGGCAGCCGCAGGAGGAGGAUGCCCUCGGUUUGUGGUGCUGCUGUUGGGUAUUUAGGGUUUGGGGCUUUUUCCCAAAAAAGUCAGGUAUCCUGUGGUUUUGAGGCAGCCUGCCUGUCUUGGGAGGGGUGGGGGUAGCUGCAUCCAGGGGGGAUGCAGAGGGGAAGUCUCCCUUCUGGGAAGGGGCAUCCACUGUGCUUGGGAAGGUUCUGUCAGACAUUGUCGCUCCCCAGUUGAAUGGAGCAGGGCCCAAAACAGCCUCAUCCUCCCCAGGGAGCUCAGGGAAGCACCAGGGACACAGGGAUGCCAUCCCUUACCCGUGUGCCAGUGGUUUUACGCUGAACCCAGGGCUUUUGGGGGCACCUUGGGUUUUACUGCUGCACUGUUAUGAGUUCAGCCCCUCGGGGGUUGGGUGGUCUUAGGGAGGGUUCACCCCUCACUGAGCUGUGAUGGUGGUGUUGAACUAAAAGGGAUUUGAGCUCUGGAGCACCUUCUCACAACUUAGGGAAUGAGUAGCAGCUGUCCCAGGGGUUGGGGCACAGUUUUGCACAGAUUUCAUACAAUCGUUGCACAAAAAAAAAAAAAUAAUAUAUACAUAAGGGAAACAGCUCCACUUGGAAUUUUGCUUGCUUUGAUUCUUCCAUGUAAACUUGAACUGAGGGAUCAUCUACCUCCUAGCAUGGUACCAGUAGUGUUGGGGACUAUUCCCUGGCCCAGCUGAGAGAAGCAUUUUUCCUGCUGUGACUGUGGUGUGACCCCCAAGGAGAGUGAAAUGCUGAGUGGGCCUAACCUGAGGUUUUUCUUCAGUCUGUGUUCAGAGAGCUCUGUGAAAGCCAGGGAGAGGUACGAGAGAGGCCCUGGUGUGAGGUUCACAGCAGAAAUCUGGUUAAUUCAUGUAGACAGGCACCAUAUGGCCUCCAGAUGUUUUCAGAGGGGUGAGCUACUGUGACACCCAAAAAUAUGGCCCACCCAAAGACAACUGGCUUUUAAAGUCAUUUAAACUCCCAUAUGCCAGCACAGCCUGGACUAAAUCCGAUUAUUGUAUUUAUUUUCUCAAAUUGGCUGGAUUUAUGGUCUAGAAGAGGUGAGCUGAUCAGCAAGGGUGUAAAGGCAGAGCUUGGCAGUGCAGUGGUGCCUCAGAGAUGCUGUCUGUGGAAACUGAUCCCUUUAGGAGUGGGUUAGGAGCAGAUGCUCCACCCCUGGGAUGCUCUCAGCACCUCCUGCUUGCCCACGUAGUGGUGGAGCUGCUGGAUGUGGGGAGAGCAGCAGGAUCCAUGGUGGUUACUGCCCUGGGGUGCCAUGUGGGUGUGGUGGACAUUGGGUUUUCACAUAAAUCCUUUCCCGAAGCAGCGUUUGCUUUGGGCUCCUUGGCAAUACACACACACACAGUUUAGCUUGAUGGCUGAUUUUUAUUUCAAGGUACAAUCCAGACACAAGUGGAAAAUGUGUGGGGUGUGCAGUAGUGAGGAGCAGCUUUAUGGAACGUGUGGGCUCUUAAUCCUGUCCCUUUGGUGGGUUUGGAGCCCUUUGGCCUCCAGCACUUGGCCAGGGACUGCCCUGACCCAGGUGAAGGCCCCCACCCAAGGGCUGAGGGUUGGGAUGCUGGGAGCCCCUCCUGGGGGUCAGUGCUCCCAUCCCCUCCCUGGUGCUGCAAUAAUGCAGCAGUUGGUCAAAAAGCCCAACCCAGCCUGCUGCUGGCAACCAAAAAGUCCCUUUGUGGCCUUCAGUGGGCCUGUCUUCAACCUGUCCAUUUCCCCCCCAGUCCAAGGAAUGAUGAGAUUUGGCUUGGUGUUUUUUUUACUGCUUUGCAUCUCUUCUGCUCCUCUCCUUGUUACAGACCAAAUUCCUCUGGAGGGAGAACUUAAUUGUGUGGUACGGUUGCUAAUAAAGAGAAUUCUUGAUCCUGUGCAA